GCGAAGGUGAGAUUUUGUGAAUCGGAAAUAUAAUGUGACUCGAUCCUCGGGAUUUUAAAGCUAUUUUCCCCUCUGGCUCGAGAGAUUCACUGAGGAUACCUUUGGGAGAACGAGAAGAAGGCAUGAGUGAGUGUUUGUGGCAGGAAGGAGAGGUGGAAGUGUGAGAAUUGGCCAUUGGGUUGAAACUUCUUCCACUCGGAUGCGAAAAACAUCUUUUUGAGGUACAACAAGGAAGACCACAACACUAUUACCCUGCUGAAACAAGUCACAGCCCAGUCUAAUGUUUGUUUUGCCUGACCGAAGAGUAUGGUGCAAAUAAGAGAAGGAAGACAAUGAAGAUUAAAGAGAACCACUUUGUAUCCAGAAGGUUAGCCUCUUGAUUCUCAGCUGGCCACAUGACCUGGUUGGUGACACAGAGGGAAGGCUGGAAUCAGACCUUCCUGGCUUACCCAAGAGGCAACUUGUUUGCAAGAAGGUGCUAUGGAGGUUGGUUGCUCACAAGAGUUCGCAGAACUUGUGCUUCCAAGAACUCAAGAUAGGUAUAGAAAUCAUGCAGGCGUAAAGUGAUUGUUGGCCAUGUGAAGAUGGUCGAGCCACAACAGAAAAGGGUGAAGUUGCCCCCCUCGGGAGAUGACGGUGGGGGGCAGCUGCUGCCACGGCCAGACUUAGAAAUCAUCCACGCACAGCUCAUUCGUAAAUGUCUCUGCUCCUUGCAGCUACCAGACAUCCUGCAUACAUUAGCUGUCUGCAAUGACUGCUUUUCCUCUCAUCCUGUAGCCCACAUGUUGCGGCUGCGUGAUGAGACUCUCCUCUAUAUCAGCAUGCUCACCUUGUUUUUUGAAGUGUCGCUCAGACAGCAGAGCAGAGGUGUGCUGUGCUCCCGCAUCAGUGAGGUUGUUGCAGCAGGUGCAGACAAUGAAGGGGCUGUGCUGGACAUCCUCUUUGGUUUCAUGGCCUCAGAGGACAAGUACAUCAGUUACUCAGCCUCACGUGCUCUCUCCUCACUUCUGCUGAUGCUUCGAGGCCGUGCCAGUGAACUUGUUUUAGAAAAGCUUGUAGAAAAUCUUGCAGAUUCAACCAACUUAAUUGAAGUAGGCCAUUCCAUUGAGGUAGUGAGAAGGGUAAUUGAGUGGAAGGAUCUAGAUGAGCAUCCCCUUGAAGGGACUGAAGCAGAGAGUGGUCAGCCACCAGAUUGUUCAAAAAUAACUUUAACUCCUGCUGAUACCCAGGGAGUGAAUGAGGUGAAAUAUGUAGCAACUAAGAAGUUAGAUCGCAAGUGGUUUCUCCUGGUAGCCAGGUUGACAGAAUUAGUUAAUGAGUUUACUGUGGAGAGAGAACAUGUUAUUGUAUCAUUUUUAACAUUGUGGGAGUCAUUAAUAUCAGUGAAAGCAAAUUUAUCAGUGACAGAUACUAAAGAAUUUUACUCAGGAUUGGAACGCCUGAUGACUCCACUCACGCGACACACGCAUACCAUUGUGUGGCGGAAAGUGCUUGAUCUUUACAAUGAGGUCUUGUGUUAUGGGAGUACGCUGGCCCUCCAGGACGUAUUAGCAGAGGAGCCCUGUAACUUGGCCCACCUCCUUAUUCGUGCAGUGAAAGAUCGGCGGUUUUUGGAGUGUGUGCCUUGUGGGGGGUCAGCGGGAAACAGAUCACAACCAAGUCAGAGCUCUUCCAUGGACAUUGGAGCUGGGCCCAGUUCAGGAACAGUGAAUGGAAUGGACCAAGGGGACCGUACGAUAUUACACAAAGUGGUGUUGGUCGUUCUGAAGGCCAUAGCAGUAACAGUGAAGGAGACACGCUGUGACUCUUCUUCCGAGAAUUCUUCCCGGUCUGGAGGAUCAGGUUCUGAGGAUGUGGAUAUGGCAAUUAUAGAACGCAGCUUAAGAGAAGUGGUGCGCAAGGUGGACCACUUUGUCAAAUCGAAGUUGCCCUACCACCCAGAGGCUCCAAUGGCUGAGUGGAUGGUGCGACUCUUUGCUGAUCAGGACGACUGGUUGGUGGAGUCCAUGGUCUGUGGCCUUGACAUUUUCACUGGAUUAGGAAUACGUAUAAGGCAACAACCUGAACUCCAUGCCUGCGUCAACCCACACACCACCUUCCUGGUUUUCCUUGAGACCAUUUACUUGGAACAUGAUGUGCUUCUGGAUCUCCUGGUAUCCAAUGAGACUUCCUUCCUCCUCUACCUGCUACGCUACCUCAAAUUCAUCCGUCGCAGUUGGCAGGAGUUUGCCUCCCACUGUGGCCACCGCCUAGAGGAGGUCAUGACAGUCUUAAUCCGUCUCCGUUUCGCCAUUGAUCGGCUGGUGUCCAAGAACCUCUUUCCAUAUAAUAUAAGCCCUGUGCUGAAGCUGUUGCAGAAGUGUGAGGAGCUGUAUGAGGUUGGGAAUCAUUAACUCCUUAUCUCGGGCAGAUUACGAGACGAAAGGCCUCUCACUCUUGAUUUGGGGGUUUGUUCUUGAAACCUUUUUAUUUUUAUUUUUGUAUUUCUUUUUAUUAGUAUUUUGUUUUCAUAUCUUGUUUUUAGAAACCUCAUACCUUUCCCAAGAAGUGAUAAUUCUGUGAGAUGAUGUUUGCAAGAAAUUUAUCAUUUUGUAAAGAAAAUUAUUACCUUUCAUCAUCUUUGUAAGAUCUUUCAUACCUCUGUGUAACGUUCAUUUCUUAUACUUACUAUUAAUGAUUCUCUAAUAGAAAAUGAUUAGAAAAAAAGAAUAGGGAAAAAAAAAGAAUGUUGUUUUUAUGUUAUUGUCUUAGCUUACAUAUUCUGAUACUCAAGACUUUGUCCAUUCCUAUAAUAGAUUUAUUUUUUAUUUUAUUUAUUUUUUUUUUAUUUUAUUUUUUUCCCCAUACAUAAACUUUUCCACAUUGUUUCAUGUCAUAAAAGCAUAUAAACUUUCAGGUAAUAUACACAUGAUUCCUGUAACAAAAUAUCUUUGUUAUGUAAUUGAGAGACUGAUUGCUUUUCCAGGCCAUUCUCUGAGUGUGUGUAGAGGGGGGUGCGGGAGGAGACAGAUGGGCAGCAGCAGCGGAAUAUUAUCAUCAUAAAUAUUAUUAUUGUCAUUAUCAUUGUCAUUAUUAUUAGUAGUUAGUAGUAGUAAGUAGUAGUAGUAGUUAGUAGUAGUAGUAGUAGUAGUUAGUAGUAGUAGUAGUAGUAGUAAUAGUAGUAGUAGUAUCAUCAUUAUUAUUAUCAUCAUCAGUAUCAAUGUCAUUACUAUUAUUACUAUAAUUGUGUUGAUGAUUAUCUUGAUUAUAGAUGUGAUGCGAUGAUUAUAAUAGUAAUGAUGAGGAAACUACAAUAAUAAGAAUAAUUAUGAUAAUGAGGUGAUAAGAAUAUAGUGAUGAUGGUUUAUAAGAUAAAAAUUCAAAAAAGUAAAUAAAUUAUUAGGUGGUUUUGUUGCUCCAGUUAUCAGGUCACAAAACUCUUCAUCCAAUAUCUCUGUUACACUUUGUGUGUUAUUUUUCAUUAUUGUUAUUAUUGUUUUUAAUAUUGUUUAUUUUAUGAACUUUUAGUUAACAAUAAGAUCUAUAUCAUUUUCUAUUGGCCAUUGCAAGUUCAUGUUGUAUCUUUUAAGAGAGAGAAAGGAAUCUCCCAUUCCCCCUUCUUCAAUUUUUUUUUUUUUUUUUUUUAUCUAAUUAUUUUUAGAAAUAGAUUGUGGAUCAUAUUUCUGCAGGACAGUAAAGGAUCAAGCGGUGCUCCUCUUUAUAGUUGAUAGUAAUGUGUAGAAGCCAGUGUCUUGUAUGCCGUUAGUAGUUUGUAAGAAGUUGUUUUGUUGCAGAAAUCCCUCUGUGACGAUCAUUGUUUGCCAUGUGUAUAUAUGAUGUUGAAUGAGUUGAUAGUUAUUUCCUAUGGGACAUUAUACUGCAAUGAUUAUAAGUUGUGACAAAAAGACCUUAGCACAGACUUUUUUUCUUGAAAGGUUCAGCUGGUCUGCUGUGGAAGGAAUGUGACCUGUAGGGAUGUGGGUAGUGUAUAGUCUCUGCUCUGUUUGGCUGAACAUUUGUUUCACGUGUCUUCUAACGUCACUUUGGGAAAGGCUCCAUUAGUUUUCUUUAUUUAUUUGCAUCCCCCACCACCCUAGUUUCUGCUUGUUAUGAUUAUCAAAUAAAACAAAUGGUCACAGUGUUCACUUAGGAAUGGGAGUAUAUAUUUACUAUGAGUGUUAUUUAGAGAAUUCAUUCAGGUGUUUGUGAUAUCUGUAGCCUGCCUCUUAAAAUUUAUACAUUUUGAUGUUAACACUAUACACAAGGUACACAUAAAUUGAUAUUUACAUGAUUCAAACAAAAAGUAUUUUUGCUCAAACUUAACACUUGUGAUUACUCCUUAAAGUGGAAAAAUGCAUAGAAUGUUGUCUCAUAUUUUCUCAGGUUGUAUAAUCAGAAAAAGAAAGAUGCAUUUAAGGUGAUGUUCAUUAAGCCAUUGCUCUUCUUUUGUAUGACUUUGGAGCUUAGCUGCUGUUUAUUUUCAUAUCAGUAAUCAGAGAACCUCUGGUAAAAACUCGGUGAUUUUAGGUUAGUGCGGUGUUUGGAAAGAAAUGAAAGGGGUAAAUGAACAUUGAUUGAAUGAUUGACUGAUUAAUCAGGCAAUACACAAGGGCCUAUAUUUUUUACUAGUAUUAUGUAAAACUUUAAAAAGGAAAAAGUCUUGUGAAUAUGUGUUGAAUACAGAGUUGCAGAUGAUUACAAAGCAAGUUAUAAUAACUUUGUUGAUAACCACACUUACCCUGUGUAAUAUCUCUCCCCAUAGUGAUCCUGAUUUGAUUUUUUUCAUAUUAUUUGCAAUGUAUAUACAUUAAUUUGUUGUAUGCAUGGAUAAUAAUCAUUCCCCCCUCCCCACAAAAUGAAUGAUACCAUAGAAAAAAUUAUUUUCUAAUUUUCAGGAUCAUUUGGGAUGUGACACUAAAACAGAACACAACACUCAUGCAGUCAACUUCAUCAUUUCCAGUAUAAUUUCUCAAUUGUUCACAAAUCACCUAAUCUCUCUCACUGUGCAGUAUUUUCUUUUGAUACAGAAGGAAUAUUUUUGUAUUUAUUUUAGAAACUAUUUAUUAGUGAGAAUUCAAGCCUCUUUGCAAACAGUUCUUUCAACAGGUGACUCCACCUCCUGUAAAAGUAACUAGCCACUUAUGUAUUAAAGGCAUGUUCUCAGAAACACAGGGCUGUGUUCAAGGAAAACAUUCAUGGUUGAAGUAUCAAGUAUAUUGGUUUUAAAUUGUCACUUUUUUUUUUUUUUUUUACUUGAUGGAAAAUAUUCACUGAAACUUGGAUUUCAAUUCCUGGUUAUGGGGCAUGUACUGAAUGUUGAUGCAAAAUGGUGCAAAAGAUUAUUCCAUUUAGCAAGAGUUCUGGACUGCACUAGUUUAGAUGGGGCAUUGCUCCUUGUUUCAGCUGUAGUGUUUCUCUUGAUCAUAGCUUAAAGCUCUAGUCUGUAGAUAUGUGCCAUGGACUGUAGGGAAAGAAGUACCAUUUUUAUUUUGUAGUUUCAGUAACCUUACCACAGGUACAACAAUUGGGAUCCAGCAAGGAGUGGGUGUGGAUCGUCCGAGAGCCAUCACAACCAGUUAACCUUUUCUUAUCUAGCUAACCUAUGAAUCCAACAUGUUGUAUACAAGUAUUGGGUGUUUUUUUUAUUUUUUCCCCUUAUUUUUAGAUUGUAAAAAUCAUGCUAGAUUUUGUAAUUUGUUAUGAUUAUUGAGUAUUUUAACCAACUUCCAUGUUCCCCCAUUCAACCUCAGAGAUAUAAUUUUAAAACAGAUAUCACAAGUUGUGCAGCUGAUUGUUUGGAUUUCUAUCAGAGAGCAGUUAGUAAAAGUCAUUGUAAGUCAUCAUAGAUAUUAGCAUAUGCUACUUUUGCUAGAGCCUUGAAUGCUAGAAUUUUCAGGCAUCUUAUGAAAAAGUAAUUUUUCAACUUCAACUCUUUAAGGACAAAUAAAGUAUAAAUUGGUGUUUCCUUAAUUUCAUUAACACAUUUUUUGUCAGUGACUAAAGAAUUAUUGGUUUCAGCAUUAUGCAAGGAAAAUUAGGAUUCUCGAAGGAAGUAGAGCUUUUCGUUAAUGUAAUGUUCAUUCCCCCACCAAAAUAAAAAAAAUAUGUGAUUGGAAUCUUUUGAAAUUAGAAACAUUGAAACAAAAUCAAAAUGGUUAUUUUGUACAAGAUGAGUCUACCUCUGAUUGGUCAUAACAAGACUGGAUCUUCUCAUGUUACUUUUUUGACCCAAGAAGGAAUAACACACCUGUGCUUUGUAAUUUCCAUAAUGUAUAAUUUUUGAUGAAAGGAAAUUUAAUAAAAAAAAAUUAAAAAUACUGAUAAUACUGAAGGCUAUUUUUAUCCUUUUAGCAUUGGCUUCAUGGAGGUACAUUACUAGUUGCGGUACAUAUAUUGCCCGCAGUAUUUUGUUUUGGCAGAGACAACUUUAGCCUUCAUUUCUGAUGGCCUACAGUUGUCUAGAGACCGGUAAAACCUGUUGCUAGAUUCUUUUUACGACCCCUAAUUUGAUAUACUAUUCCCAAAUGUUUGGCUCCACCCCAUUCCUGAGAAUUUUUAUCAAUGUAGUAUAUUUAAUUUUAUUGAUUUUUCUCACACCAUUAAAGACUGCAUAAAGUUUCUUCAUAAUACAAAAUUGCAGCUAAUAUAACAUACUAGCUUAGAUUAUCUUUAAAGUACAUUAUAGCUAGCGCUUGCAUGAAAAAGAGAAAAAUAGAGACACCUCAUAAGCAAUGCCCAAAACAGCAGUUCUUUCAGAUUUUAAAUUUUGAAAGAUAUUCCCCAUUACUACUAUAUACAAAUUAUAUGUACAUUAUGGUAUGACUUUACUAUUCUGUAUAAAAUUUUGUGCUUUAUGAUUUUUUUCAUGCUAGUUAAUUUUUGCCACAGAUUGAUUUGAAUAUGAAUCCACCCAAAGCAUAACCCUGUGCCCUCAGUCCCCGCCAUGAAAAAAAGCGUUGUAAUGGAGUAAGCGAUGUCUUUUACAAGCAUUUACUUACCAAGGUGGCAAUUAUUAGGCUAUCUGAUAUCAGCCCAUAAAGACUAUUUUUUUGUUAUUAUCAUUAUUGGAUUAAAAAAAAAAUAUAUAUUUUUUUUAUACUA